GUGAUCUGUGGGUGAUGAUGAAACCAACAGAAACCAAGGACUGGACAUUACCAAAUCCCAAAGACACUCUGUUUUUUUUUUGUAAAUGGUAUUCUCAUCAAAUCCUCUUUCUUUAAGCGUUCCUGACCCUGCCUUCGAGUCAUGGCUUCGCGACUCCGGUUACCUUGAACUCCUCGACCACCGCUCUUCCUCUACCGCCGCCACCUCUACCCCAACGACCGCCAGCACCUCCAACUCCACCACAGCCACAGCCGCAACAAUAACAGGAGGCUUUUUUAUUUCUCUUUUUUCCCAUUUCAUAACCCUUAUUUCUCUCUUUACUCUAAACCCAUUAUCUAAACUCACCACUGAUGAUUUCUCGGGUCAAACCCCAUCUUGGACCCGCGUGUUUUUUGGGGAUUUUGGGUCCUACUCUUUUCCUUCUAAUGCUGAUCAGGCUAGGCUCAGAGUUCAUGAGAAUGUCAAGCGUUAUGCAAGAAAUUAUGCUUCUCUUUUUAUUCUCUUCUUUGCGUGUACACUGUAUCAAAUGCCUCUUGCUCUUAUUGGAUUGAUAUCAAGUUUGGCACUUUGGGAUGUUUUGAAGUUCUGUAGUGAUAGAUGGGGAUGGGAACAAUACCCUGUGAUUCGGCAAGUUUUGAUCCGCACUGCCCAAUGUGCAACUGCCGUUAUUCUCAUAUAUUUAAAUGUUCAAAUGGCUCUCUUCUGUGCGCUUUGUGUCAGUUAUGCAGUCAUGAUUUUACAUGCUGCUUUUCGGAAGUUGACACCUGCUAAGCAACAUCCUCGGCAAAGAUAAAAUAUGAAAGUUUUGAUAAAAUAAGAGAACUCUGGGGCUUCUUUGCUGCAAGUGAUUCACAGGUUUUGUCCACUCUGACAUCAAAGGUGUGCUCCUCUAAAUUAUGGCAGUGGAAAGUAAAGCACAGUACCUUCAAUACUGGGUCAAUCCAUUAUUUAGCUAAACAGGAGAGAAGGAAUAAGGUAGAAUUUAGCUAAAAAUGUAGCGAGUACAUCAUUGUAAGACAACUUUUAGGUCUUAUUGCACUCUUUUACUCCACCUAGACUGAAAUUCUGAUUCUGUGGAAUACAACAAGUUUGCAUGGUGGAGUUGCCUUUGCAGCUUUAAUUUCUGUUCCGCAUAGAUUGGGGUUUUGACUUUCAGUUUCAAGAAUCAUUGAAAGAACUUAUAACUUUGGCUCA